GGCGCCGCGUUCUCCGGCGCCGCCCGAGAACUACAGGCGGCGGCAGCCGGUGUCUGCCCACGAGGAUGGCGGCUCCUUUGCUGCUGGUGGUCCUGGUGGCCGUGACGGUACGGGCCGCGCUCUAUCGCUCCAGCCUCGCUGCUUUCAUCUCCGAGCGGGUGGAGGUGGCGUCCCCGCUGAACGCCUGGAAGCGAGUGGUCGAAGGAUUAGCUCUGCUGGAUUUAGGGGUCUCUCCAUAUUCUGGAGCUAUUUUCCAUGAGACCCCACUGAUAAUAUAUCUCUUCCACUUCCUGAUUGAAUAUGCCGAAUUGGUGUUCAUGAUAACUGAUGUGCUAACUGCUGUUGCCCUUUAUUUGGCCAUUCAGGACUUCAACAAAGUUGUGUUCAAAAAGCAAAAGCUCCUGAUAGAACUGGAUAAAUAUGCACCAGAUGUGGCUGAACUCAUCCGGACGCCCUUGGAAAUGCACUACAUCCCCCUCAAGGUAGCACUAUUCUAUCUGUUAAACCCCUACACUGUGAUGUCCUGCGUGGCAAAGUCCACCUGUGCUAUCAACAAUACUGUCAUUGCAUUCUUCAUUUUAGCUACAAUAAAAGGUAGUGCCUUCCUCAGUGCUGUGUUCCUGGCCUUGGCAACAUACCAGUCACUCUACCCUCUUACAUUGUUUGCUCCAGCACUCCUUUACCUUUUACAGCGUCAGUUCAUACCAAUAAAACUGAAAAGUAAAAGCUUCUGGCUCUACACCAUGCAGUAUGCAGCCCUAUACCUAUGCAGCCUGGUGGUGAUCGUCUGCCUCUCCUUCUUCCUCCUCAACUCCUGGGAUUUUAUCCCAUCUGUUUAUGGGUUUAUCCUAUCCGUUCCAGAUCUGACACCCAACAUUGGCCUUUUCUGGUACUUCUUUGCAGAGAUGUUUGAACACUUCAGUCUUUUCUUUGUAUGUGUGUUUCAAAUCAAUGUGUUCUUCUACACCAUUCCCUUGGCAAUAAAGCUAAAGGAACACCCUGUGUUCUUCAUGUUUGUCCAGAUUGCAAUCAUUUCUAUCUUCAAGUCCUAUCCCACUGUGGGAGAUAUUGCACUGUACAUGGCCUUCCUGCCAGUCUGGAGCCACCUUUACAGAUUCCUCCGGAACACGUUCAUCCUGUCAUGUGUGCUCAUUGUCUGCUCCCUCCUGUUCCCCGUUCUGUGGCAUCUAUGGAUUUAUGCAGGAAGUGCCAACUCCAAUUUUUACUAUGCCAUCACGUUGACUUUCAACAUAGGGCAGAUCUUGCUCAUCUCGGAUUAUUUCUAUGCCUUCCUCCGGCGGGAAUACUACCUCACUCAUGGACUCCAUUUGACAAGGCAAGAUGGAACAGAGGCUAUGCUUGUUUUGAAAUAAGGAUUGUGCCCACCAUUCCCUGGGACAUGGACCACUCUGAGGAACAUGCAAAGCUUGGGAUAUGUGGGGUGGGUGGGAAUGGUUCCCUGAAUGAAAUCUUGACUUUGGAAAUACCUACUGAAAAAAAGGGCUGAGGUUCUUCUGAAGCUGUGGGCUCAGUGCAGAGACUCUAAGAGCUACCAGUAGGUGCUGCAGUGCCUCCAUUGGAGCAUCUCACUUCUUCACUCAGCUGUGCUUCUCACUGCGACCUCCGCCAUCAAGUCUGGGCAGUCCAGCAGGAACUGGAGAAAGUGUCUGAGCUGAAUCUCCAGCUCAGAAAGAGCUCAGACCAUAAACUGAUUACUUUACUAUCACUGCUUCUUGGAGAUGUUUGCUUCUCCUGGAGGUUCCCCCUUCACUGCUUUGACCAGUAAUGCUCCUGCUUGGCCCAAGGCAAUCAGGUCUGAGGACCUGAUGCUUAAGCCCUGGCUGUAGAUGCCAUUUCUUCAUUCUCCUACUGGUGUGGGAUCUGGAAAAAUCACAGAUGCUAUGAAAGAAAUGGUGUCCAAGGAUGGAAGGAGGACAGCUGAAGCUACUCCCACAUUUGGAGUUCAAACACUAGUAAGAACUGGAUUUGGAGUGAAAGCAGGAGCAGGAACUGCUGUAUCCCAUUGAAGCAACACGAACACUUCUGUGUCAGGAGCUGCACAGUGGCAUCACAGGGUCUCAGAAAAAGGACCACUACUGUGGAGAUAGAUUCCUGCCGCUCCUUGUUUCUGUAGUGUGACAGAGCUUGGCAGAACAGGGUCACACUGUAAUGUUGGGAUUGCUUGAAGCAGUAUCCUGGACGUGGAAGGAACAAGCUCCUGCCUGGGCUAGGGACCAGAAGGGGUAAAAAUCUCCCCUUUUAAGACUCCAGAUGGAGCUUUAGCCACUGCUGUUGUGGAGCUGUUGGGCUGCAGGUGUUCCACACUGGGAUACACUAUAGGAUAUGCACUUCCCCGUGUACCACUGCAAGUACAGUGGUGGUAUCUUGUGGCUGUGUGUGGAGGACUCGGUUAAAGCAUUGCCCCUUGAUUCCCCUAUGGUCCUCUCCCUCUGUGCUCAGACCUGCUCACUUCAUAGCUGCUGCUGACCCCAUGAAUGUGACCCACAGGGGUGAACCCACCAGGCUGGCCUCUUGCUCUGCUGCCUGCGUGGUGGCAGAGAAGUGGUGACUGCAGUGGGCAUUCGCACUGGUGUUGGGCCGGCAGCAGCAGCUUCCCCACAAAGCUCAAAGAAACCCGAAGGGCUGGGAAUGUCACAACGUUAAAACCAAACUUGGUACAAAGCAACGAGGGACUGAUAUGCCCAGGCAGUUGUGUAAACAGCUUUUCUUUCUUUCUGGGCAAUUAAAACUUUUGCCUUACUGCACUGCUAUUAGCGCUUUGGUGGGAGGGUGUUAAUGGGUACCCAGCUCAGCUGCUGCGGGGGGGGGAGGGGCAGAGGGAGCAGGGCUGCUC